CUCUAUGGUGAUUUUACGGGCUCGGAGGUACGGGUCUUGCGCAAAGCUGCUGCAGCAGCCGCUGCGGCCGGAGCGUAGCCAUCCCCGCCUCCUCCAAAAGGGCCGCCACAACAGAAGGGACGACAUGAACGCCCGGCCGACCCCGCUGCCUCGAGCGACUCCCUGGCGCUCCCUGCCUUGCCCGCGCACCGAACUCCGCCUCGACCUGGUACUCUGUGGCGGACAGACCUUCCGGUGGUCUGAAACCAGCCCCGGCUACUGGACUGGCGUGCUGGCUGGACGGGUUUGGACCCUCACUCAGUCUGAGGAACAACUCUGGUACACCUUGCAUGAAGAGGAAAAGGAGGAGGGUAGCAGAGAGGAAGAAUGCCUCUCCGAACCCCCCCUGAAGAAGAGCAGGAAGCAAACACAUCCUGACCCUAGUCGUGCUGGGACCAGCGAACGUUCGGGCAGCCAUUUGUCAGGAGAGCUGGCUCGGGGAAUAGAUGGGUUGACUCCUUCGCAGAUCCUCCAGGACUAUUUCCAGCUACAUGUAAAUGUAUCUGCCUUAUACCAGGGUUGGUCUUUCGUUGACUCGCACUUCCGGGAAGUAGCCGUUAAAUUCCCAGGCGUAAGGGUGCUGCGGCAGGACCCAGUGGAAUGCCUCUUCUCCUUUAUCUGCACUUCCAACAACCACUUGUCACGCAUCACCAACAUGAUUCAACACUUGUGCCAGGCCUUUGGGCGCCGCCUCUGCCAGCUGGACACCAAGACUUAUCAUGCAUUUCCCUCAUUGCAAGCAAUGGCAGGAGCAGAUACAGAGGCUCGGCUGAGGGACCUGGGGUUUGGUUAUCGGGCACGGUUUAUUAGUGAGAGCGCCCGCGCUGUUCUGAAGACUCUCGGUGGUGCCACCGGCCUACAGCAAUUGCGCACCGUCCCUUAUGAGCAGGCUCGGCACGCCUUGUGCACCCUUCCUGGAGUGGGAGUCAAGGUGGCCGACUGUGUGUGCCUCAUGGCGUUGGACAAAGCUGAAGCCGUACCGGUGGACACCCAUAUAUGGCAGGUUGCCAAACGUUACUAUGGUCAAGAGUUGGGCAUGGGGGCCCGCAGCGUGACGGAGCGUGUCCAUCGAGAGAUUGGGAACUUCUUCCGCAGCCUUUGGGGACCAUAUUCUGGAUGGGCGCAAGCGGUCCUGUUCUGUGCUGACCUAAGGAAGAACCAAGAGUCCUCAGAUCCAGAUGCCAAGCACCGUUGCAUCAAAGUUGCCAGGAGCAGCCAUUCCACCUUGACAUAGUAACCUCUCUUGCAGCUCAACAUUAUUUGUGUGACUGAUUCAGGCAAGCAAGAAGGCCUUCCCUGUUCAGGGCUGGAGCCAGAGGGAAACCACCACGCUAAGAAUAAGGAUUCUGCCUGAGCCGCUGAAAAAGACUGAGGCAGCUGUAUGUUGUGGGGCUCCUCAAACAGCUGCUACUACUUUUCCUUUUUAAUUUUUUUGUCUUUUUCCCACCAGAGUUGCUUGUAGCAUAAGCUUCUCAUGUAGCUGCCAUGUAUUGUAAACAGUAGAAUGUUCCCCCACUUCCUUGUGACUUUUGUAAGUGAAAUAGGCUUGCUGUACAUUAGUAUUGGGCAUCAGGCAGUUUUUCAAGCAGGCCAGACAAGAUUCAUUUGCUCUAAUUCAGGGCCAUCUCGUUAGAAUGUCCCAUGCACAGGUGUUUGGAAAGAGGUGGCAAGUAUCAGCCAGGGCAGUCUGGACUCUCCUGAAUUGCCAGUGAUGUUGCUAACAGUUGUCUGAGGGUAGGCAGGAAUUGGGUGGGCUUUGCCCUGAUCCCCCAAGGAAUUCCAGCUGACACAUUCGGUCUGCUAAAUGUCACCGGUAGCUUAACGGCAUCCCAUCCAAUUAAAACAUAUUCCGCUUUAAAAGGAGGGAGUGGGUUGUAUUGCCAAGUUCUCUUGGUCUCUCAUUUAUAAAACGGUGUAUGUGGAGGUGUCGGUCUGCACACACUCUGUAAUGCUAGAUCCAUUCACAGAGGCUGCUUGUGAUGGGCUCACUUUUUGUGGUAGAUGACGCCUCCAUCAUUUGACUGUUAGCUAAGAAAAGAGGGAUCCCCACAGUUCAAAGUUGGCUACCUCAGGAUGCUAGUGUUUUAGAACAUGUUCAGCCUUUGGCACCAGUUGUAUUAAGACUGCGUCCCAUGGAGUAACUUAAUUCUACCUAACUUAGCUCCAUUGCUUCAGUUUUUCACCCACUUACCUGGAGAAAAGCCCUGUUGAACUUAGAGUGGCUUGCACCUGAGUAGAUGGGUGGGGUUGCCCUAUAAGUGAAGACCACCUCCAGCUGAUUUGUGUUGUGCUGGUGAUCAUAUUCUAAAGGAGGGAACUGGUCAUUGGAGAUAGUGAUGAUUUCCAGGUGGUUUACUGAAAUGGCUACAGUAUUGUGCCAAAACCCAGCAUUAACAGGAAUCUGUUUUAAAAGAUAUUUCGUUUGUCUGAAGUCUAGAGUUAGGUAGAAUUAAGUCUGGUUUGAUGUCUUGAUGCUCAUCUAGUUGCUGAGCAAGCCCCUUAUUCUUGUAAAACAGCCCUCCUCUCUUUUCCACUUAUGUGUUUGCUUAUGUAUAUGUGACUCAACAGCUCCUCCCAUUUUCUUUGCUGCCCCAUGUAUUCAGAAUGCUAAACCUAAUAUUCAAUCCUCUAUAAUACCCUACCUUUUCUCUCCUUCAUUAAUAUUCUCCAUUUCUAUAAUGAAAUUGUAAAUUAGGCUCCUAAACCCAAAUAAUGAGCAUGCUGCAGCCUAGCUGAGCACUUUUCUGGUUUCAGGCAACAUUUCCUUGAAUCUCACUAUCAGAACAGAGACUUUUAAAGUGUGCAACCUGGUCUGGCUGUGGCCUGCUUUUAUUGUGUACUGUUUUAGGAAACCAUUAUAUCGUCUCUGUUACCCAAGCCCACUUCUCUCUUUUGUCUUUGACCUUUUCUAGUGGUUUGGGGCAAAGAUCUACUUAUUUUUAUCCUUUUAUAAAGUGCUUCUAAAGUUAUUUCUAAGUGCUGUAUCAAUCAUAAUAAAACAAUGCUGGUUUGUCCCUUAGGACUCUUCUAGCACUGUUUGUCCCUUCACAUUGGAUCCUAAAAGUGUGCCUACAACCUGAUUGCAUUCAUCUCAGGCAGCCAAUUUAUGGCAGUUUCCCCUUUUUGGGGCCAGCCUUUGACAAACCUGGAGUGGGGCUAGCCUUGCGUGCUUCCUUUUUAAUACAAGAACAAGCAAAAGCGUAGAAACGUUAUGAAGUUCCUCUUGAACCAAGAGGGUGGAAGAAAAGGUCAACAAGACAAAAUUAUGAGCUAUGAGGUUUCAGAUCAGGCAG